AUGUUUGAUCUACAGGCAUACUCAUGGACGCUCAAGCUCGGCUGUCUCGGCGGCUGUCUCCAGGACUUGGUGACCAAGCCUUUCGAGAUCCCUCCAACCCGCGGGAGUAUCGACGAGAAGCCCCUAAGCGGUGCCACACUCAAUGUCGAUCGCUAUGGUGCUUUUGAGUUGAAAUUAGGCGCUGGUCUUUCCCAUCUACCUGAAGCUAAGUGGCUCCUGAUGUAUGCGACUUGCGGCGUGUGGUCAUUAGACCGUACUACGGAACAUCAUGUCCACCACUUCGUCACUCACUACCGCAAUAGGUCCACCCUCGACCUGUCAUGGACAGUCCGUGCGGUUGAGGACGCUUUGCGCAAUUCAGGCAAGAGUAUCAGCUUUCUCGUGGUGCUCGAGUUCGAUACCACAGAAAUUUCGGUGGAGGCGCUGAUCCGCGAAAACUUGGAGCAAAAAGUUUCGAAGAUCAAGCUUGCGGUGGAGGAGCAUGUCAAGCAAGACCCCCAGCAGCGCUACAAGACCGUCGUUCAGCCUUCAUCAACUCGAGCAUUGACGGGAGUCCAAGGUGAGUACAUUGGUUCCUCGGCAAUAAGUGUUAUUACUGGACGGUCAAGGUGCUGAUCGGCCCGCGUAAUCGGUGUGCCGACUAUUACAGAUCUCGGCUCGUCUGCCCAUCCCUUCGACGUUCGCUUUAUCUUCGGCGGCGAAGGCGAAAGCGACGAGAAGGAACUUUGGGAGAACGCUGCGUUCCUCGCCUCUCGCUCGCCUUAUUUUGCGGUCCUGUUCUCAUCGGGCUACUCGGAGAGCCUGAUCGAACCUGUCUCUCCCCAAGAAUGCAAAGUCGCUUCUCGCACGGUGCGCAUCACCGAGGGAACCUUUGAAGAUUACCGAGCGACAUUUAUAUGGCUUCGCACGGGUCAUAUCCUUCUCUCGGAUCUCUUGGAGUCGAGUCGAAGCAAGAUGACCGACUUUACCUCCGAAGAUGCUCCUCAACCCGUCCUCGCUCGCUCGAUCUAUGCAGUCGCGCAUUACCUCCAAAUUUCGUCACUUUGCGAACUCGCUCUCCGAUGCAUCGAGGACUGUUUGACGCCCACUACUGCCGCGGAGUACCUCGUGGAUGAAUGGUGCUACUUCUAUCCAGAACCUCGCGAGCUGGUGAUGACGUACGCCGUGGAUAACUGGGACAAGGUCAAGCCGACCACGGUUAUGAAGGACGCGAUUGCAAAAAGAGCCAAGGGGGAACUUUCUCCGGGUGCUAGAGAAACGUUGCUGGAUGUACUCAUGAGGGUAGCCUGCGUUUGA